AUGGACACCGAGGGGUUGGGAUUGCCAGCAGUCGCCAACAAGAUGGCGAAGGAGGGUCCUGCAGCAGCUGUUAAAGGGUCAACGAGCAAACAAAAGAAUGAUGGGCCUCCCAAGGCCAAACCCACCACUGGAAACCAGGCUAAGGUGGGGACCAUGGGUAGCAGGCAACCAAUUUCCAAUCGCGCAGCCCCUGUGCUGCAAAGCAGAGUGGCCGGUGGUGGUAAAAAGAAGAAUGAGCAAGAACAAAAAGCCUCCACGUCCAAAACUAUACCAGGGUCCGGCGCAUCAUCUCACGCCAAAAUCAUGGAGAAGAAGAUGGCUGCCAGGGAUAAGGCCUCUAAGGAAAAUGCGAGUGGGGCACGUGGUGUAAGCGAGAAUGGUAACUUGGUCACACCAGAGAAGAGUGGAGGACCAGGCAAAGUGCUGCCCACCAGCAAAACUGUUCCUAAAGGGAAAAAUCCACCUCUGCUCAGGCCCAACUCCACAGUUUCCAAGACGCCAGCUGUUGCAAUGACUAAGUUGUCCCCUGCAAGACCAGAGAAGACCCUGCAGAGCAAAUCCAGCAGACCAGAUACCGCUGCUUCAUCAAGCCACCUGACUCAGAGCACAGGAGCGGUGAGGAAAUGGUCGGCACCUAGAGUUACUAAUGAACGACAAACUCCAGCUCAGCUUGGCAGCCUUCCAACAGGAGCCCAGCCAGGGAAACACUCUGCAGCCUCCACCAAGAAAGCUGGGGAAGACUCAACUUCACAACCAAAGCAUUCUAGUUCUGAACUGAACAGGGCCACCAAUACCGUGAGGUCAACUAGACCAAAGCCAGUGAAAGCUUCUGAAGCUCCUGUAGAGCAGAAGAAUUUCAAUGCAAGGCUAAAGGGGAAACCAGCCAAAGUGGCAGUCAAAUGCAUACCAAGGGCACAGCCAGGUACCUCUGCUUCUAAGGCUUCAGUCAGCAGCCUUCCCCAGCAAUCAACUAAAGCCCCAAAAAGCAACAUUGAGAAGCGGAGGUUGUCGUCAUCUUCUAGGAAAUCUCUUGUGGAAAACGAGAUUGGGAAAACCAGUGCUGCAAGACAGACUGGGAUUAAAGCUUCUCCAGUGAAGUCUGUUGAAGCACAGGGCCUGGUGGUAAAAGAGGAAGGUCCAACUUUGACUACAGCAUCAUCCAAUGAAGAUGAUGUGGCCAUGAAUCUCCAGGGUUAUCUAACGAUGGAAAAAGUUCCAUCUCCUCCCCAGGGAGUGCAAACCACUCUUGACCAUGGCAACACGGAGAUUUCUGCUUCAUUUGACGAGGAACAGGUGGAGGAUGAAAGGGUUGAAGUGAGCUCCUGCAUGGGAGAACUUGAAACAGCUGAAAAUGAAGCAAAGGUGGGUUCUGAUGAAUCACCCCUUCAAUUGGAUGAAGAAAAUAAGGGAGAGCUGAGUCCUGGCCAAAUGAUAGAAGCUGAUUUGUGUUCAAAUGAAGUGCAAAAAGAUGCAGGAGUUGUUAAUGGAAAUGAUCCUUCUGGAGGAAAGGUAAAUGAAGUGGAUUUAAGCAAAAUGAAAGCUGAACAGAUUAAUGUGGAUGAAAAAGUUGCUAGUAUUGGAAAGAUGGACUUGAACAAUGACAAUCGGGAAACAAAAGACUUGCAGGGACAACAGCUACUCCCUGAAUCUAGCUCACCAAGCUCGGCAGAGAGAGGGUCUCAGAGUUGUGCCAUGGAUGUUUCACCCAUGGAAUAUGUACCUGCAAUCAAAGAUGGCAGUGUUGGCACAGGAACAAUGUUGGAGGAUCUGGUAGAUCUCAAAGAGCCUGCGUUGGGAAGCUCUCUUGAUGAGAGCUCCCCUGAGACAGAUUGUAACAUGUCGAAUGUAGAGAAAGUUAAGCUCACAAUGUAUGAGUAUUCUGAAGAAGCAGAUACUGAAGACUCUCCUAAUGAGCUUUGCCCAGAAACACUUCAAAGUCAAGAAGACCAAGACCUUAUCUCUGAACCUGAGAACUUACUGGAGACCAUGCAGAUGUCCUGUAAGAUGGAGGGUCCUGUCAGAAACUGGGGCUCUGAGGAGAAGCUUGGCAUUUCACCUGAGGAUUCGCAUGAAGAUCAGGGUGUUUCCAAGUCCAGUACACUAAGUGGGCCUGACUUGGCAGGGAAAAGCAGCAGUACCACUAGUACUCCUGAAGAACUAAAGGACUAUGAUAGUAGCUCAGGAGUAGAGUCAAAGUCUGAUGAGAAACUAGAAUCUGCAGACCUUUUUAUUCCUCAGACUGAACUGAGCCCUCUGGAUGAUCUCAUGGAUCAGGAUUUGGGGAUUCACUUGGAAAGGGGUGAUGAAGAACCAGAGACACUUGCAGCAGAUGAUCUACAUGGUGAUCCUCCAACAGAACCCAUGCUGUCUUCAGAGGAUGAAGACCACUCUGAGGAUGAUGGUGAAAGAGUGACAGGAGAGCCCAUCCAAUGUGGACUGGAAGGGAUUGACAACCCAGUAUUUGAGGACAAAACCUCAAGUGACUUGAGUUCAGAAGUGCUGUCCCUUGCUGCUGCUCCCCAUUUCAAACCCGUAACUCUGCAUGCCUUGGACGAGAGUGAAGAACUUGCAACAGCUGCACCUCCUCACUCCCUUGCUCACGGCUACACUACUUCUGAUUCCCUUGCUCCUCAAAACUGCAUGCUGUCGGAUGCUGGAUCUUUAGAGGAUCCCCCUUGUGACCGGAUUCCUGCUGUGAUUGGCCUUCAGUCCUGUGGACCUGAAGGAAGCCUUCAGAACCACUGCCUUCCUCAAAAUGAAUGCUUGCAAGAUGUUCCUGAAGUGACUCUCACCCUACACCAUGAGGGUAACCUGGCAGAAGAUGAAACUGAAUCUGAUCAAUCAAAGUCUUGCAUUGUAGAGGAAUCUGUUGCAGAAAAUCCAAUAGACUGCCUUGAUGGGGACUUGACUAAUGUCCAGAAACUGAAUGAUCCUACCACUGAAGCAAAUGGAGGUCACAGGCAGCAGCAGUACGACUCUGCUUGUAAAAAGAAUGAUAGCGUGUUGACAGGCCUCCUGAGUGAGGGUGAUAAAACACUACAGACUCAUGCUUGUGUGCCAUGGAUGACUCCGCUGCUACCUCCUAUCCUUUCAACCAUCUAUGAAGUUGAAACAGCAGAGGAGACUAGGUUGGAAGAUGUUGAAAAAGAGGAGCUUCACAAAUGUCUUGAACUCAUUGAAGAUCCCAGCGAGAAGGUCUUGACACUGCAGAUUGAGCCAGUGGAAGUUGUACAGCAGUUGAUCAACCAGACGUUGCUGCUUUCUGGAGAUGGAGUCAAAUUACAAAGCAAGGUAAUGGUUGACAAAGCAGAGCUGAGCAAAUGGACAGAUCUUAUAUCGCCACUUGAUGACUCCACAGCCAGUGUCACAUCUGUAACCAGCUUUUCUCCUGAAGAUGUCUCCUCUUCCCCAGGGGAGUGGACAGUGGUGGAGUUAGAGACUCACCAUUAA